AUGACGACGUCUGCUGGCUAUGUGAACUCUAGUUUAGAGAUUUCGGACACUUUGCCCCGUGACCAGGCGGCUGUGUUGGCGACGUAUGGGGUGCUGUUGGCGAUAGGCGGUUUGAGUAACAUAGUUGUGUUAAUCUCGUUGGCCAGGACCAGGCGAAGGAAGUCCAGAAUAGAUCUGCUGAUGACGCAUCUGGUGCUGGCUGACGUCUGCGUCACGUGUGGAGUGAUCCCGUUGGAGACAGACGUGGAGCAAAAUGGAGGAGGCCUUUACUCGUUGAGGGGUCCAUAA